UGCAAGUUGGACGAGGGACGGGAAGUGAGGGAGGGAGAAGAAGGCAAGCAUACGAAGAGCUCGUAGGAGAUACACUACUGCACUUAGUUGAGCAGGCGUUGCUUCUAGUCAGAGACAUUUGAAUUCUCCUCAAGUUCAACUCAACAAGCCGUUGCGAUGGGCUGCUUUAGCUCUUGCUUGCGUGGAAAGAAGUCAGCGAAAGGUACUGUCAUCGAGCCUGAAGAGGCUCCUCCUCCUCCUCCUCCUCCUCCUCAAAGCGAGACUCCUCCUUCUCCUGCACACGAGGCAUGGACAGUACAAGAUGGGGCAAGAUACGAUGGCGCGUUCAAGGCAGGGAGAAGACAUGGAUAUGGCAAGUUCACCUGGGCUAAUGGUGACACGUAUGAGGGCGACUGGCUUGAUGAUGUUCAGGAAGGAAUAGGAAAGUUUUGCACUCCCCAAGGCGAUAAAUACGAGGGAGGCUUCAGACACAACGUGAAACAUGGCAAAGGGAAGCAGAUGUGGGCCAACGGAGAUUCUUACGAGGGUGACUGGGCUCAUGGACUUCAGCACGGGCAAGGAACAUUCACGUGGGGUGAAAACUCUGGCAUGAACGCCAGCAACGUCUACACCGGCGACUGGAAGGAAGGAGUCCGUGAGGGGCGUGGCACACUGACGUGGGCAAACGGAAGCACCUACACGGGAUCAUGGAAGAACGACCAUAGGCACGGUCAUGGAUUGCUAGUCUUGGCAAACGGCGACAAGUACGAGGGAAUGUUCGACAACGACAAGAAGCACGGACAUGGCAGGUUUCAGUGGGGGGAUGGCCCCUGGAAGGGACACGCAUAUGACGGCGAGUGGGUUUCAGAUGUGAUGGAGGGGAAAGGAUCAUAUAUCACAUCUAUGCGUAAGUGACACAUAUAUACAAGGUUGGAUGAGGUUUG